AUGACAACUCAUUUACUUGAUUUACCAAAUGAAGUACUUGAAAUAGUAACAUUUUAUGUCAUUGAUGGUAUAUGGAAAAACGAUGUACGUGAUUUUCUUUCAUUUACAUCAACUUGUCAACGUCUUUAUCUUUUGUCACAUGAUGAAAAAUAUUGGAAAAAAAUGGUCGCACGUCGUGAUCCAAUAAAUAAAGAAUUAUCUGAAAACAGAACAUGGUUAGAUUAUUGCAAACAAAUCUAUUUAAUGCGUACAAUUCUACCCGAUGAACUUGAAAAUACUGUAAGUCGAUAUGAUGAUGGAUAUUUUUGUACGAUUGAAAAAAUUCUUCUAUGGCCUAAUAAAAUACGAAUAUAUAUUGAUGAACGUGGAGAUAAUUCUUUAGGUAGUAUUCAACAUCCUCGUUCUUCAAAAAUAGCAUUCGUUAAAGAUGAAGAGAUUGGCUCGUAUAUUCGUGAACCAGUAUCACCGAGUGAUAGUCACUUCUCAAUUGAAGAUGAAAAAUCACAAUAUUUAGGGUAUUUGGAUUUUUUCAUUCAUCUUUCAUUGGAUCAUAUUGAAAAAGUACUAGUCUUUCAAUAUGGUGCAGCUGGAUAUGCUACUAUAAAAUUAUUUAAAUUAGAACAAGCAUUUCUUGAUAAUGACAGAACAAAAAAAAAUACGCUAAAUGAUGUGUGUAAACGUUUGUUUGCUCAGGUCGCUGUUUGUCUCAAGGACAUAAAAAGAGAUUAUGCUUGA